GUGUGUGUGUGUGUGUGUGUGUGUGUGGCGAGUGCAUUUGAUGUAUUUCAAAGUGAUUUAUUAAUCAAAUGUCAUUGGUCGGCUGUAGGGGGAAGAACCAGCUCCCAAGCCGCUGGCUGACGUUCUUCAGCGCGGUCAAGUCCAGCGACAGCGUGUUCAUCCGGGACUCGUCUACCGUGCACCCGCUCGCCCUCCUGCUGCUCACCGACGGGGACAUCGUCGAGACCGUGCGAGGGCAGCGUGUGGAGGUGUCGUUCCCCGGCCGCUCCCUGGUGCGCUGUGAGCUGCCCGUGGACACCUGGGAGCUGCUGUGGGAGCUGCGCACGAGCCUGCAGACCAUGCUGCACCGCAACCUCAGCCGGCCCGACGGCCCCCGGGCCGGCGCCUCCGUGGCACAGGACGCCCAGCUCAUCGACCUGCUGGUGCAGCUGCUGAACCACGACGCCGAGACGCACCCGUUCAGGGGCGAGCACGGCGGGGAGGGCGGAGGCAGCAGCGACGGGGACAGUGACAGCGAGGUCGACUGAUUCUAACGCGGCUUGGCUAUGUUAUUAAAGUUUGAAUGAAGUGUGUGUGUGUGUGUGUGUGUGUGGUAAGGGUGUGUGUGUGUGCGUGUGAGAGAGGCAGCAUUGUACAGAGAAUGGUUGUUCUUUAACAAAGUGUGACAAUGUUCAUUGCUUAAUUCAUUUGUUACUGUAGUGUGCUGUAUGUGGAGAUUUGUUGGUGGUGCAUACAAAUCCAGUCAGUGUGUACUGCUCUAUUCCUUUUUGUAAAUAUGACCAUGUAUCAAUGAGGUCAGAUUCGUAGUGGUGCGUCGCAUCAUGUUUGGAAUCGAUUUGUCAAUGGGCGAUCAUUAUUUUGCUUCGUAAAGCAUAUGUUGCGUUUCACCGUGUGAACGAGAAGUCAUGAAUCUGUCUAAUAAUUUAUUGAGUCGAAAAUUAAAACAUCAGAAUUACGUGUAA